AUGCCUGAAGCGACAGGAAACAAUCCUCCUAACCCUGUAGACUUCAUGGCCACCCUAGGGAAUAUGGCCGCGGUUCAUCCUCCGACCUUCAGAGGAACAUCAAACCCUACCAAUGCGGAUAACUGGAUACAAGCUAUUGAGCGAGCGUUACAGGCUCAUCAGGUUUCUGAAGAACAGUGGGUUGAGUUUGGAACCUACCAGCUGCAAGGUGAGGCUCAACAUUGGUGGCAGGGCAUGAGGCGUAUUCUGCAGCCUGAUGGGGUUGUAAUUUCUUGGAAAUUGUUCCGAACAGAGUUUUAUAAGAAGUACUUUUCCAGUUCAGAGAUCUUGAGGAUUUUUGCUGAGUGGAAGUGUAUCAAGUAUAAGGGAGGCCUUCGGAGCAAUAUUCUGAGCUUCGUUGCACACAUAGAGAUCUGGGUAUUUUCUGAACUUGUGAACAAGAGUCGAAUAGCUGAGGAAUGUGUAAGGAACGCAGCCGUGGCAAAGCAUGAUAACUGGGAGUCCCACCGAAGAGAUUACCAUCAGGACUUGGAACCAAGGAGUCAAGAAUUCAAGAGGAAUGAGAACUAUCGACCCAAUAGGCAGCAUAAAAACAAGCAAGGUCUAUGUUACCGAUGCGGAUCACCCGGGCAUCUAGUUAAGGGUUGUCCUAACCCACGUGGUGGAAACUCAUAA